AUGACCCUUGACGCUCGCAAUGUGACUAAAGCGAUCCAAGCUUCCAACCUGCCCAUCCCAAGGCAAGAAGACGUUAAAGCUAAACUUAGCGGAGCGAAGGUGUUCUCGAAGAUGGACUUUAAAUCAGCAUUUUGGCAACCUGAACUCCAGCGAGAUUCCCGGUACCUUACGGUGUUCCACGCAAACGAUAAACUAUACCGAUAUAAGCGACUCACCAUGGGCGUAAAGCCAGCACAAGGAGAACUUAACAUGGCUCUUCAACCGCUUUUCGCACAUAUUCCACAAGCACACCUCAUACAUGAUGACCUUAUUGUUGCAACGAAACCAAUGCAGAACACCAUUCCGCGAUUACUGCCGUCAUGCAAGCCAUCACUAACGCUGGUAUAA